GUAGGGGAAAACUGCCUUCUCCUUAGGAAACCUUGUUGACCCCGUUGUUACUAUUGAUCCUCUUGGUGAGGUUUAUGUAGUUUAUGUACUGCAGACAGUAGGAUGCCUGUGCCCUGUAAAGUUUUUUGAGCAAGGAAGGGCUUUAGAGUAGCCAAGGGCCUAGAAGACCUUCUUCAGGCUCCCGAGCAUGUGCAUUGGAGUUGCUAGCCUAGGAAUUUGGAGUUGAUCUGUGGAUCUGGACUUACCAGACUUUUAGAAGGUACUGACCAAAUUCAAAAUAAUUUGGGAUUUGUCCUGAGGUUGCACUUUUUAUUUUGCCAAAUAAGGAUAUUUAAAAUAAGUAUUUAGUUAUAUACUCUUUAUAGUUGGUACAUGCUCACGGUACAACAUUCAAAACAUACAAAAAGAUAUAUAUUGAAUAAAAUAAGUCUCAUACUUCCUCUCCAGUUCCUUAACUAUCCAGUUCCCUUCCCAAGAGGCAAACCGGGUUGCUUGAUCAUCCUUCCAGAGAUAGCCCACGCAUUUAAAAACAGGUAUCCAGCUCACAUAGAAGACAUUGACUACGAAGAAGGAAAAGUACUCAUCCAUUUCAAGCGUUGGAACCAUCGUUAUGAUGAGUGGUUCUGCUGGGACAGUCCUUAUUUACGCCCUUUAGAGAAAAUACAGCUGAGGAAAGAGGGCUUACAUGAAGAGGAAGGAUCUUCUGAAUUUCAAAUAAACGAGCAGGUCCUUGCUUGCUGGUCUGAUUGUCGUUUUUACCCAGCCAAAGUCACUGCUGUUAACAAGGAUGGUAAGGCAUUUGAGUUGUAAUUAUUUUUACUCAUGAAGUAGGGGGGAGUUUGUAAUAUUAGAGUCUGAUAGUAUAUUCUGAGUAUGUAUUUAUUGCCUAGGAAUCCUCUCUCUUCAAGUUAACCACUAUGUCAGGAAUUAGGAAGAAAUUAUAAAUGGAGACAAAUCUGGGUUAAAAAGAGGAAUUUGAUUCUUUGCCUCCUAAAUUCUAGUAAUUGUUUUCUAAAACAGUUAUGGUUCUAAAAAAACAGUAAAAUAAUUAUGGGUCAUCUGUCCCUCUGCUGGUAAGUGUGCAGGGUCUUGUCCAGGAGUUCCUAAGAGAUGAAAAAUAAGCUUUAAUAUGCCUUUUACUUAUUUGUAAAUAGCCUAGAAAUGAAGUGAACAUUACUAAACAUUUCUUAAAAAUAUGCUUUGUGAGGGGCACCUGGCUGGCUCAGUCAGUAGAGCAUGUGACUCUUCAACUCAGUCAUGAGUUCAGGCCCCACAUUGGGCAUGGAGCCUACUUAAAAAAAAAAUGCUUUGUGGAUGCAAGGUGAUUGAAGGUGGUCUGUAGCAUCAAAGUUGCUAGUUGAAACUGGGGCCCUGGGAUUUAGAGCACCGAGUUGGGAUGCCUUUGCCAAGUUUAUAACCCGUGAGGAGUCAAGACUGGGAACAUGACCCAGAGAGGCUGUUUUUGCUAGUACAAAGGCGGGAGGAUGGUUAAGAAAAUAAUAUGUAUGGUCAGCAUCCUGACACUGAGAGAACAGACUCUGGAUCUGAGUGAUACAUUUUUUUUGUAGUAUUUUCUAUCAGGUUGUUUGUGGUAUGUCCAUGACCUCUUAGUACUGCUGUUUGUGGUGGCUAUGUGGCCAGAUUGACUUUUUAUUCAGUGAAGUUUUUCAGGUAUUCAUUCAGCACUCUUGUUAAAUGCUGGACCUGGGGCUGAUCAAGUUUUGUUUGAGAAUGGGUUGAAAUGGUAAAAAAACGAACAUGUAUUUGAAUGUAGCAGAAAUUUCUGUUUCUCUU